AUGGGAUCCCGAGAACCACCCCAAAUUAGUUCGCAAUCGGGAAGCAUGCAAGCUGAUGUCGGGGCUGAGACUGUUGCUGAGUUUAUGACUAAACAGAGCGCAUUUGGUCAAUCUCGGGUAAGUUAGGA